AUAAAAACACCAAUUUAUUUUUUCUAUCUAGAUUAAGUUAGACAAGAAAUAUAUCCAAGGGGCAUAGUUAUUUUUAUUGCAUUGUGGGUGACAAUUAUUGACUGUCAUCACCUGGUUAAUCACCUAAUUUGGACUAAACAGAGCCCCACAAAAGUUUAGAGCAAGAUCAUCUUUUAAUUUUGAUAAGUGAAUUGUAGUUUGGGCCUUGAAGGACAGGUUCACAAUUUUUCAAGUGUGUCUUAAAACAACAGUCAGGUGCCCAUAUGAACACUUAAAGAGGUUUUCCUCACUGUAAUCAUUCCUCCUGUUCAUACUGGCUAUUAAAAGAUUCCCUUCAAGUGCUCUUUCAUCAAACCAAGUAGGAAGGUCAUGGUGACGCACCAGUGGUAAACAGGUGCGUCCCAUGACAACCAAUGUGUGGCUUAGUUUGACUCAAACACAAAGGUGGACAUCAAAUCUGUGUGACUCCAAAUGCCACAAUUUCAGCAUGGCAGUCCUGUGGUUGAUCAGAUGACAAGAUUUAAACUCAAACUGCUGGAGAAGAGACUGGAAAACGGGAAGCACAAUAUGGACCAAAGAGCAGAGUCUGCCCAGUCUGCAAGGAGUUACGAUGGACAGAUAGAUGCAUUGCACCGUGCACUGAGGCGAAAACAGCACCUACUGCAGAGACUGAGGGAGCAGCAUAUGUUAGAGGACCUCAACAGACCUCACACCUGGGGAGGGUUGCGAAACCAGUACCGGUCACAUUUUGCCAUUGCCCCUCAGCUGCCCGUAUCGCUCCCACAUAUGGAACCCAUUCGCAUCCACCAGCCAGCGCCUGCUCUGCUCACCCCGCCCCCCCCACCACCACCACCACCACCUGCCCCGCCUCAGCCCCCACACAUCAUCCAGCAGACUCUACCCCAGCAGCCUGCCACCAUCAUACAACAGCUGCCACAACAGCAGCCUCUGAUUACCCAGAUUCCCCUGCUUCAGCCAAACCCUGCAUCUCGCUCAGGCAGCAUCAAAGAGGACAUGGUGGAGUUGAUGCUGAUGCAAAAUGCGCAGAUGCACCAAAUCAUAAUGCACAAUAUGAUGCUGAAAGCCAUGCCUCCUAUGGCCCUGUCGCCACCCAAUCACAGUGCCACUCAGACUGCAUGUCUUGGACAGGAUGGUUACCAGGGAGCCCCUAUUUUUGUAAGGCCAGAUGUCAAACCAAGGGGAUGUGCUGUCCAUCAUCAUCAUCAUCACUAUGGUCCUACACCUGCAGCACCACAGCUGCCCCCCAUCAGCUACCCUAUAUGGCUGCCAGUGGUGUCACCUGUCCCUUCAGGACAAGCACAGGGACAUGUACCACCAGUGCAGCAGGGAACUGAACCAUUUUCACUCCCACCACUCAAUGUGAGUCGGAUUUCUCUCUGAGAGCCCCCUGCUGUCUCUGAAUUGAAACUGCAUGCGAGACAUUGAGAUAGAUGUAAUUCCCCGGUUGUACAACUGGUCAAGAAUAACUCAAACUAAAAAGAAACAAAAACUCGCAGGAGAACAAAACGCACAUGCAUUCAAUGGAAACGUUGUUGUUUUCCCUUAUUUAUUUCCAAAAUAUGUCAUGUAUGAAUGGGAGACAAAUAAAAACAGGUCAACUUCGAAGUCCUAGAAAACAAAACUUCAUUUGAGGGAAUCAUAGCUGUUACGAGCCAUCCCACAGUUUCUUUUGCAAUAUCUGGAAGAUAGACAUUUACUCGCAAAUUAAAUUAUAUUUUGGGGGCUUUUAUGAUUUAUUUUCCAUGACAGGAUGAUCUCCAUCCAUUACAAACACAUUAAAAUGUGUCGCAAUUUAGUUAAUGAACAUUAGAUUAACGUUUACACUCGUCUGAUUAGGUUAACGAUUAAAUAUACAAAGUGACGAAAACGUGACGUUAGUUGGGCACAUAGCUACGACUUUUCGUUUUAGCGUAAUUUUUGUCGGUAAAAACACCAUAUUUCUCCAGUAAUGACGUUUAAAUGAACGACGAUCGUUCCCAAAGAGCGAAUAUAAACAAAAAGACUACCGCCCGAACAGGGACUUGAACCCUGGACCCUCAGAUUAAAAGUCUGAUGCUCUACCGACUGAGCUAUCCGGGCUCUGACAAAUACUUUUAUUUGAGUAUAUAAGAAUAGUCCAACGUUACCAAGGAAGCCAUAAUCUUAACAUUUAUUGUCCAUGUUACCUUGAUGUUAACGUUAGUUAACGUGUUAUGUAUUUAGCGAACUAGCUAAGCUAAGCUAGCCGCAUAGCUAUCAGGCUAACGCUAACGACAGGCUGAUCACAAAU